AUGGAUCCGGCGUCGGGCGCAAUCGACAGCCUGCUCCCAAAGCUGGAGGAUCUACUGCUGCUCUGCCGCGGCAAGCUGCGGAAGAAAGCGAGGAAAGAAUUGGUUUUUCUGAAAGAGAAGCUGACCGAGAUCCAGCUCGCCUUCCGCGAGGUGGAAGACGUGCCGGCGGAUCAGCUCAAGUCGGAAGUCAAGGAAUGGCUCAGGCAAGCGAGGGCCCUGAGCUACUGCAUCGAGCACGUCGUCGACAAGUUCCGGGCUCGUCGGCUCAAGGCGGCCGAUCCGCCGGCCGCCGAUCUCCACCAACUCAUGGGCGAGGUCAGAUUCAAGUGGGCGAUUGCCAAUGCUUCCCGUAAAUUCGCCAAGGAGAUGGAGAUCCAGAGGUACAGGGACCGUAUCACGGAGUUGGUAAAUCGGCAUCUCAAAUGGUCCAACCUUGCAGCUCCUCCAAGUCCGAGAUCUGGGAAUGCCAGUGCCAUGGUUGCCAACGACCAUGACGGCCCGGUGAACGAGCUUGUUGACAUCGAUGGCCGAGUGGAGGUGCUAGUCAGCAAGAUCAUCCUGGCAGUGGAGGAGGGGGAGGGGCAGCUCAAGAUUGCUUCAAUUCUUGGAGCUGCAGGCGUGGGCAAGACAACACUUGUGAACCAGGUGUACCAGAGGGUUAACUCGCGAUUCGAGUGUUCAGCUUGGGUCACUGUGUCUAAGGAGCCUGGCAUCAAAAAUGUUUUGUGGACAAUCCUCUGUCAGAUAAGCCCACAAGAUUAUGCCAGUUUUGGGUCGCUCAAUGUAGAAGAAACCAUCGCUGGGAUCAGGAAAGCCCUCAACAAUAAGAGGUACUUCAUUGUAGUUGAAGACUUGUGGGAUAUUAAUGCACGGGAAACUAUCAAUCGUGCUUUGAUUGAAAAUAGCAAAGGCAGUGCAGUCCUAUUGACAAGCCACAAAGUUUCUGUCGCCCGUUAUGCUGGUGUUAAGAUUUAUCGAUUAAGACCUCUUUCAGAAAAUUCCUCUAGAAAAUUAUUCUACAAAAGAUUAUUUGGUGCACGAGACAACUGUCCUCCUGAGUUGGUAGACAUAUCUGAAAAGAUAGUAAAAAAAUGCAGUGGUAUACCAUCAGCCAUCAUCAAUGCAGCCAACUUGCUAGCAAGUAAGUGUAUGACAAAGCAAGACUGGUAUACAGUGCUUGAAUCCAUUUAUUCAGAAGAUUCGUAUGCUGUGAGAAGCAGACAUCUCUCUUACACUGGUGUACCUGACCAUCUCAAAUCUUGCUUGUUAUAUUUAAGCAUGUUUCAGAAGGGUUAUGAGAUCAGUGUGGACCGCUUGGUAUCAGGUUGGAUUGCUGAGGGUUACAUUCCUGAAAAAGCCAAUGUGACUCAGCAGCAACAAGGAGAAGAAAAUGUCAGUGAGCUCAUGGAGAGAAAGUUAAUUGAAGCAGUGGAGGUUGAUGCAGAUGGAAAGGCUCUAUCUUGCCGUGUGAACACUAUGGGGCAUGAGGUGAUCGUCUCAUUGUCAGCAGAAGAAAACUCGGUUAUCAUAUUAAAUAAACAGGAAAGCCAGCCUUUACCACAAACAGUUGGCCGGCUAGCCAUCCAGGGCCAGGGACACAAUGUAAACCUGCCACAAGACCAAAUAUCCAUUGUGAGAUCACUUAUUGCCUCUGACGAUGCCAAUUUGUUGAACCUUGAAAGCAGCUGUUGUAAUGUGAUGCCAUUCCUCUCAAACUUUGUGAAUUUACGUGUCUUAGAGUUAGGGGGCUGUAGUUCAUUGCAGAAUGACCAUCUCAAGUGCAUCAAGAGUUUGCUUCUUUUGAGAUAUCUGGUAAUAGGAGGCGAUCAUAUAACUGACAUCCCGAAACAUAUUGGCCAUCUAAAAUAUUUGCAAACCCUGGAUUUAAGGGCAACUGGUGUGAAAGAAUUGCCUGGGACUAUUGUUCGGGCUAGGCAAUUGAAAUGUCUGCGUGUUAAUAGACACACCAAGAUGCCUCCUGGGAUCGGAAAAAUGGAAGCUUUGCAAGAGCUAGGAGACAUGAAUAUCAGCAACGCGGAGUUGCUAAGAGAGCUAAGCGGCCUGACCAACUUGAAGAUUCUUAGAAUUGUCAUAUGGUCCUGGGAUGAUGGUUAUAAUGAUGCACUACUCAGUUAUCUAGGCUCGCCAAGCAUGCAAAAGUUGAAGAGCCUAUCUAUUUUUACUUGCUGCUCCCUACAUAUCUUCGAAGAGUGGAAGGCUGAACAGGCCCCUCGGAGCCUCCAAAAGCUUGAGAUAAGGCACAGCUCAUUCCUUUCAUUGCCAGGAUGGAUCUGCUCACUUGAGAACCUCUCCUCUUUAUCCAUCGAGGUCUACAAGCUAUCACAGGAGAUCAUUGGUAUGCUUGGGAAAUUGCAGAAUCUUCUUGCCCUCUCGCUGAAAUCAAAGCAAGCCCCAGAAGGCAACUUCAGUGAUGGGUUCCCGAAGUUAACAAGCUUCCACUUUGCGACUAAUGCUCUAGGGAGGAUAUUUGGACCAGGAGCUAUGCUCAGCCUUAAAAGGCUUGAUCUUUCAUUUCAAGCAUCACGUACUGAAGAUGCGAAUCAUGAUUUCGAUUUUGGAUUGGGGAACCUGUCUUCCCUGGAGCAUACACGUGUUGAAAUAGUAUGUUUCAGUGCCAAUCUUCAGAUGGUAAAGAAAGCAAAUGGUGCUAUUAGGGAGGCUAUAUACAGAUCUCGCAGCCGUGGGUCAGUAAUUGAAAUUGUCGUAGUGAAUGAGAUGCAAAACCAACAGCAGUCAUCAUCAGGGGGACACAAUGAGCAGACAGGAAGUGAAACUAAUUUGCACUCUCCUGAUCGGGUAGAGCAUGGCACUGUCCAGCAAAAUCAACCUAGUGCCCAACUCCAUCCUGUUGAUAACCUCAAGCAGCACCAGUCUAAUCUAUCUCCUCAUCAAUCUUCUUUGCAAGCUGGACAUGGUCAUGUUGACGCACACGUGAAUAUUCUUCCAAGCAGCCGUGUGAAGUUUUGUGAUGAGUGCGGCUCCCAAUAUUUGAAGGCGACAUCCAAGUUCUGCUCAGAGUGUGGCACCGAGAGGCCAGGGAUCUGA